CACCCACCUGUUUGCAGCUGAGCGCGCAUGCGCAGAAAGAGCGCGAGGGAGGGAAGCAUUAGAGACCUCUCCAGUCCGGCUCCGCGGCUCUUCCUUGCCGGAGGGCGCCGCAGAGCAGCCCCUUCCCCCCGUAUCCGCGCCUCGAGGGAGAGAAGGAAGGAAGGAUGGCCGAGCUGUUCCCGGCGCCCCCGCCAGCCAUGGACCGCUUGUCCCCGGCUUCCGCGGCAGGAGGCGGAGGCGGGCUGGAGGCGGCGGGAGAGGAGUCCUCGGAUAGCGAGGCAGAGCAGGAGGGCGGCGGAGGGGGCGCCUCCUCCCACAAGCUCAUCCGCAAGGUCUCCACCUCCGGGCAGAUGCGCACCAAGAAAAGUGUGAAGGAGGGUCUCCUGUUGAAGCAGACGAGCUCCUUCCAGAGGUGGAAGCGGAGAUACUUCAAGCUGCGCGGACGGACACUCUACUAUGCCAAGGACUCCAAGUCCUUGAUCUUCGAUGAAGUGGACCUGUCUGAUGCCAGUGUGGCAGAAACCAGUAUCAAGAAUAUCAACAACAGUUUCACGGUGAUCACGCCUUUCCGGAAACUCAUCCUCUGUGCAGAGAAUAGGAAGGAGAUGGAAGACUGGAUCGGGGCCCUGAAGUCUGUCCAAAAAUGGGAAGUCAAUGAGGCCUCCCAGUUCAACAUGGAGCACUUUUCCGGCAUGCACAACUGGUACGCCUGCUCCCAUGCCCGCCCCACCUUCUGCAACGUCUGUCGCGAAGCCCUCUCCGGCGUCACGUCCCAUGGCCUCUCCUGCGAAGUCUGCAAAUUCAAAGCCCACAAGCGCUGUGCAGUCCGAGCCACCAACAACUGCAAGUGGACCACGCUAGCCUCUAUCGGAAAUGACAUCAUCGAGGAUGAAGACGGGGUGGCCAUGCCCCAUCAGUGGCUGGAGGGGAACCUGCCUGUGAGCGCCCGCUGUGCCGUCUGUGACAAGACCUGCGGGAGCGUGCGAAGGCUGCAGGACUUGCGCUGCCUCUGGUGCAAGGCCAUUGUGCACAGUGCCUGCAAGGAACAGCUGGGGAAGAAGUGCCCUUUGGGGCAGUACAAGGUCUCCAUCAUCCCCCCCACUGCUCUCAACAGCAUUGACUCAGACGGGUUCUGGAAGGCCACCUGCCCCUCUUCCUGCUCCAGUCCACUGCUGGCCUUUGUCAACUCCAAGAGCGGAGACAACCAGGGCGUCAAAUUCCUCCGCAAGUUCAAGCAGUUCCUCAACCCAGCACAAGUCUUUGACCUGAUGAAUGGAGGGCCGCACCUGGGGCUGCGUCUCUUUCAGAAGUUCUCCACUUUCCGCAUCUUGGUCUGCGGAGGCGACGGCAGCGUCGGAUGGGUGCUCUCUGAAAUUGAUUCCCUGGGGCUCCACAAGCAGUGCCAGCUUGGUGUGUUGCCCUUGGGGACGGGGAACGACUUGGCCCGGGUCCUGGGAUGGGGCAGCCUGUGCGACGACGACACGCAACUGCUGCAGGUUCUGGAGAAGCUGGAGCGAGCCACCACCAAAAUGCUGGACAGGUGGAGUGUCCUGACCUACGAAGCCCCCAAACAGUCCCCACCAGCCAUCAAAGAAGAGGAAAACGAGGACUCCAACAUGCAGGCUCACAUUUCCCAAUAUGCCGAUUCGGUGGCCCUCCAUUUGGCCAAGAUCUUGGAGUCGGACAAACACUCGGUGGUGAUUUCCUCUGCAAAGUUCCUCUGUGGGACGGUUAAUGACUUUGUGGCCGACGUCGGCAAAGCAUACGAGCGGACGGCUGACAGCAAGCAAGAGGCGGACACCAUGGCGCGGAAGUGUGCCAUGCUCAAUGAGAAACUGGACUCUCUGGUCCGGGAGCUGAAUGAAGAGUCCCAGGCCUCUGUGCUCCCCAAAAGCGCCCCUCCGCCCUCCGCCCUGCCCAGCCCAGAUGCAACAGACAAUGGCGGCAAGGAGGGCCCCUUCCACCCAAGCCCUGUGCCCAGGAUCUUCAAGUCCAAGGAGCAGCUCAUGCUCAGAGCCAACAGCCUCAAGAAGGCCCUACGGCAGAUCAUUGAACAGGCAGAGAAAGCUGUGGAUGAGCAGAACAAGCAAACCCAAGCUUAUCGGAGCAUCUCUGCAGCUGGCAAGAAGGACAGCAACGAGGAUUUCAACAAAGAGACAGAGAAACUCAAGUCCCGCCGGGACACGGUCAUCUCCACCACGUCCUCCAUCAUCCUGGACAGACCAGAGAGCUUCAGCGCCGUCCAUUUUGCAGAGGACCCCAGUGCCAUACAAUUCUCUGAAAGAUGCGUCAUGAAUAAUUAUUUUGGCAUCGGCCUGGACGCAAAGAUCUCCCUGGAGUUCAACAACAAGAGGGACGAGCAUCCGAAGAAAUGCAGCAGUCGCACAAAGAACAUGAUGUGGUACGGUGUCCUGGGGACAAAGGAGCUGCUCCAGAGGACCUACAAGAACCUGGAGCAGCGGGUCCAGCUGGAGUGUGAUGGGGUGCCCAUUUCUUUGCCCAGUCUGCAAGGCAUUGCUGUACUGAACAUUCCCAGCUAUGCAGGAGGCAUCAACUUCUGGGGAGGCACCAAGGAGGACAGCAACUUUGGGGCCCCCUCGUUCGACGACAAGAAGCUGGAGGUGGUGGCCGUCUUCGGCAGCAUCCAGAUGGCCGUCUCGCGGGUCAUUAACUUGCAGCAUCACCGCAUUGCCCAGUGCCGGAUGGUAAAGAUCACAAUUCGGGGCGACGAGGGGGUCCCGGUCCAAGUUGACGGGGAAGCGUGGAUCCAGCCCCCAGGAAUGAUCAAGAUCCAGCACAAGAACCGGGCCCAGAUGCUGACCAGAGACAGGGCCUUUGAGAGCACCCUCAAGUCGUGGGAGCACAAGCAGAAGGGCGAGGGCUACCGCUCCUCCUCCCGGCACCGGCUCAGCUCCCAGCAGUCCAUGGAGUACCUGACAGAUGAGGAGCAGGUACAGAUCCAGCAGCUGGCCCAAGACACGGAGACACUCAUUGACAGGAUCCGUGAGGCUGCCAAGACCCACCGUGCCAUUGAGCAGGAGCUGGCGCAUGCCGUGAAUGCCAGCUCCUUGGCACUGAGUGAAACACUGCCCAACAAGAACAGCAGCGGUGGGACCGAGCCUCUUCUGUUCCUGAGCCGGAGCUCCGCCGUGGAGCUGUCUGCCAGCGUCAAAGCCCUAUACACCGAAACCCGGGCUUUUCUGGAAGGGAAACUGCAGCUGGACUCCCCUCAGCAAGAGGAAGGCCUGCGCCAUGCCCUGAGCGCCGUCAGCCAAGAGCUGCGAAGGCUCUCCGAAAUACACUGGAUGGCCCCCAUCAUCAGCUCCACCGAAGAGGUGCACAGUGCCUGCAAGGAACAGCUGGGGAAGAAGUGCCCUUUGGGGCAGUACAAGGUCUCCAUCAUCCCCCCCACUGCUCUCAACAGCAUUGACUCAGACGGGUUCUGGAAGGCCACCUGCCCCUCUUCCUGCUCCAGUCCACUGCUGGCCUUUGUCAACUCCAAGAGCGGAGACAACCAGGGCGUCAAAUUCCUCCGCAAGUUCAAGCAGUUCCUCAACCCAGCACAAGUCUUUGACCUGAUGAAUGGAGGGCCGCACCUGGGGCUGCGUCUCUUUCAGAAAUUCUCCACUUUCCGCAUCUUGGUCUGCGGAGGCGACGGCAGCGUCGGAUGGGUGCUCUCUGAAAUUGAUUCCCUGGGGCUCCACAAGCAGUGCCAGCUUGGUGUGUUGCCCUUGGGGACGGGGAACGACUUGGCCCGGGUCCUGGGAUGGGGCAGCCUGUGCGACGACGACACGCAACUGCUGCAGGUUCUGGAGAAGCUGGAGCGAGCCACCACCAAAAUGCUGGACAGGUGGAGUGUCCUGACCUACGAAGCCCCCAAACAGUCCCCGCCAGCCAUCAAAGAAGAGGAGAACGAGGACUCCAACAUGCAGGCUCACAUUUCCCAAUAUGCCGAUUCAGUGGCCCUCCAUUUGGCCAAGAUUUUGGAGUCGGACAAACACUCGGUGGUGAUUUCUUCUGCAAAGUUCCUCUGUGGGACGGUUAAUGACUUUGUGGCCGACGUCGGCAAAGCAUACGAGCGGACGGCUGACAGCAAGCAAGAGGCGGACACCAUGGCGCGGAAGUGUGCCAUGCUCAAUGAGAAACUGGACUCUCUGGUCCGGGAGCUGAAUGAAGAGUCCCAGGCCUCUGUGCUCCCCAAAAGCGCCCCUCCGCCCUCCGCCCUGCCCAGCCCAGAUGCAACAGACAAUGGCGGCAAGGAGGGCCCCUUCCACCCAAGCCCUGUGCCCAGGAUCUUCAAGUCCAAGGAGCAGCUCAUGCUCAGAGCCAACAGCCUCAAGAAGGCCCUACGGCAGAUCAUUGAACAGGCAGAGAAAGCUGUGGAUGAGCAGAACAAGCAAACCCAAGCUUAUCGGAGCAUCUCUGCAGCUGGCAAGAAGGACAGCAACGAGGAUUUCAACAAAGAGACAGAGAAACUCAAGUCCCGCCGGGACACGGUCAUCUCCACCACGUCCUCCAUCAUCCUGGACAGACCAGAGAGCUUCAGCGCCGUCCAUUUUGCAGAGGACCCCAGUGCCAUACAAUUCUCUGAAAGAUGCGUCAUGAAUAAUUAUUUUGGCAUCGGCCUGGACGCAAAGAUCUCCCUGGAGUUCAACAACAAGAGGGACGAGCAUCCGAAGAAAUGCAGCAGUCGCACAAAGAACAUGAUGUGGUACGGUGUCCUGGGGACAAAGGAGCUGCUCCAGAGGACCUACAAGAACCUGGAGCAGCGGGUCCAGCUGGAGUGUGAUGGGGUGCCCAUUUCUUUGCCCAGUCUGCAAGGCAUUGCUGUACUGAAUCCCAGCUAUGCAGGAGGCAUCAACUUCUGGGGAGGCACCAAGGAGGACAGCAACUUUGGGGCCCCCUCGUUCGACGACAAGAAGCUGGAGGUGGUGGCCGUCUUCGGCAGCAUCCAGAUGGCCGUCUCGCGGGUCAUUAACUUGCAGCAUCACCGCAUUGCCCAGUGCCGGAUGGUAAAGAUCACAAUUCGGGGCGACGAGGGGGUCCCGGUCCAAGUUGACGGGGAAGCGUGGAUCCAGCCCCCAGGAAUGAUCAAGAUCCAGCACAAGAACCGGGCCCAGAUGCUGACCAGAGACAGGGCCUUUGAGAGCACCCUCAAGUCGUGGGAGCACAAGCAGAAGGGCGAGGGCUACCGCUCCUCCUCCCGGCACCGGCUCAGCUCCCAGCAGUCCAUGGAGUACCUGACAGAUGAGGAGCAGGUACAGAUCCAGCAGCUGGCCCAAGACACGGAGACACUCAUUGACAGGAUCCGUGAGGCUGCCAAGACCCACCGUGCCAUUGAGCAGGAGCUGGCGCAUGCCGUGAAUGCCAGCUCCUUGGCACUGAGUGAAACACUGCCCAACAAGAACAGCAGCGGUGGGACCGAGCCUCUUCUGUUCCUGAGCCGGAGCUCCGCCGUGGAGCUGUCUGCCAGCGUCAAAGCCCUAUACACCGAAACCCGGGCUUUUCUGGAAGGGAAACUGCAGCUGGACUCCCCUCAGCAAGAGGAAGGCCUGCGCCAUGCCCUGAGCGCCGUCAGCCAAGAGCUGCGAAGGCUCUCCGAAAUACACUGGAUGGCCCCCAUCAUCAGCUCCACCGAAGAGGGCAUCAGCCAGGAAACCCCUGGCGCCUCCAACAAGGGCAGCCUGAAGCUGCGGAUCAACCUGGCAAAGCCCAAGAAGGAGAAACUGCAGAAGCACCGCUCCAGCGGAGUCACUCCAGUGGAAAACUGGGGCCCCGAAGAAGUGGCAGCUUGGUUGGAUGCACUCGACUUGGGGGAGUACAAGGAGACCUUCGUGCGCCACGACAUUCAGGGUGCGGAGCUGAUCCUGUUGGAGAGGAAGGACUUGAAGGACCUUGGGGUCUCCAAAGUGGGCCACCUGAAGAGGAUCCUGCAAGGAAUUAAGGACGCCGCCAGCCAGCAAUAGAGAAGCUCUCCUCCGAAGGGAAGACCCCCAAGGGCACUGGAGACCCUCUUCCUGUCGGCUGCUGCCAUCCGUUUCCAUUGGCAGGAAGAGAGUGGGGAUGAUUGGCGUAUAUGUUGCCUGCAGAUGGGGUCUUCAGGCGAGGGGAGUUUCCAUGCGCCCCAGCAUUGCCAAGAGUUUACAUCUCCAUCUUUGCCAAAGACUUUGUGGCUUGGCAGUGUCCUCCUGUCCCUCCUCCUGGGCCCCAAUUCUUCUGCUUCCCCCCACCUCCUCCCAUCCCAGUCUCUUGUGUGAUAUUGCAUGGUGAUGAAUGGGGAAGGAUUUGCACUAUCUCUCGACCCCCGUUGACUCGAGUCCAUCGUUCUUUUUAAUGUCUUUUAAGCUUUUGAGUCCAGGGAGCUGGAAAGGGAAGCUGUGAAAAGGAGCUUAAAGGGAAAUGCAUGAGCAAGGAAAAGCAAAAUGCAAUAGUAACCACUUCUGUUGACUUGGCGCAAAAGCAAGAAAAGAUAGGGAUAUAUUGCAAAUCCCAUCACACAGAAUAAGUCAGGGAUGAGGGGAGUUGCAAACCAGUUGGUUAGUGAGUCAUAAAAUGUCCACAUCUAAUAGGUGAAUGGAUAAGAAUGGAUACUGAAGGAUGAGGGAGGAGUGAGCCAAAGAUAGUUGCCAAACUCCCCGCUGAGGUAGCCCAGGCUCAUCUUCUUUGGCCUCAAUUUGCUCAAAAAAUUUUUCCGUGUCAGGGGCGACUGGUGUAAGAGAAUUGUCCAUCUGCAAGGACGUUGCCCAGGGGACGCCAGGAUGUUUUGAUCUUUUACCAUCCUUGUGGGAGGCUUCCCUCAUGUCUCCGCAUGGGAAGCUGGAGCUGACAGAGGGAGCUCAUCCAUGCUCUCCCUGUAUUCGAACCUGCGACCUGUAUGUCAGGAGCGACUUGAGAAACUGCAAGUCGUUUCUGGUGUGAGAGAAUUGGCCAUCUGCAAAGACAUUGCCGAAAGGAUGCCUGGAUGUUUUAAUGUUUUACCAUCCUUGUGGGAGGCUUCUCUCAUGUCCCUGCAUGGGGAGCUGGAGCUGACAGAGGGAGCUCACCCGUGCUCUCCCUGUAUUCGAACCUGCGACCUGUGUGUCAGGAGCGACUUGAGAAACUGCAAGUCGUUUCUGGUGUGAGAGAACUGGCAGUCUGCAAGGACGUUGCCCGGAGGAUGCCUGGAUGUUUUGAUGUUUUACCAUCCUUGUGGGAGGCUUCUCUCAUGUCCCUGCAUGGGGAGCUGGAGCUUACAUAGGGAGCUCAUCCGCGCUCUCCCAGUAUUUGAACCUCAAACCUAUUGGUCUUCAGUCCAAGGAUUUAACCCGCAGUGCCACUGGGGACUCCAUUUGCUCAAAUGCAAGGGAAUAACUGGACUGGCAUUUUGCAAUCAGAACAAACAAACAAAAGAUCAAAAAAUAGGAUAUAUUUUUUUCUGCAGAAGCAAUUGUGGGGCGAGAGAUGCCAAUUGCAACCUCUCUGCCCCAAAUUUUGCAGAUUCAGAAUGUAAAAAUAGAAUCGGAGAUUGGGUUUCCUUUUUCACAAUGCUCUCUAAUCCUUCCUUAUCCCCAUCUCUCUCUUGUGGAGCCUCCUUAGAACUCCAGAAGCUCCCGCUGCUCAUCCAUCCCCUUUGAGCUACUUACCCUCUAUCCAGCUUUUUUCUCCCUGGGCCCUCGUUUGGGAAUGUAAAUAGUUUGGAGAGAAAGAGAAGAUAUUUAUUUAAAGAUUUAAUAUAUAGAGAUAGAUUGAUAGAGACGAAAGCUUAAUUUAUUUUUCACUGCUGUUUGCGCGAGAGCACUUUGAAACACUCCCCGUGGGGUGACCAGGCCAUCUCCCUCCGGACGGAGAAGGCGGAUGGCCGGACCGGACUCAUUUUCGACUCAUUUUCCCCAUCUGGCUUUGCUUCUGUGGGGGGCAGUGGCUACCCCUUUGAUGCAUGCAGCCUUUGGCACGGAAGC